CCGCGUGUCGAUACGGUUGGAGGAUUUCACAUUGUACUGUCAUUACUCGGCGAUUACUUUCGACCGCCAUUCCAUCGUCAUAGCAUGUACUCACCAGUUCGCAGCCACGUCCACUGCUUGCCGCAUCACCAGCCACACAAUAAACUCGUCUCUUACGGCUACCGUUAAUCGGCCAUAUUUCGCGGCUCUCGCUUUCGCAUGUGAUAGAUUAGUGCGGAGAAUCGCAACCGUCGUCGUGCUCGAGUCAGUCGUGGAGGAGUGAUCGUGAAUAUAUCCGUAGAAGUGAUAGUAUGAUAUUCUCUUGGAUAUUCCAGUGAGUCUCACGAGCGCCUAUACCGGGUGGCUGAGUCGUUCGCGCGUGAAGUGUAAAGUGGCUGAUUUUUUUUCACUCUCGCUAAGCCGCUGCCGCGUUCGGCGAGAAGAAGAGAGAUAGAGAAAGAGGAGAGAAAGCGGUCGAGAGCGGUCUCUACGAGAGCGACGUUGCAGACAGUGAGUAGUGAGUGAGAAAGAGGAAGACAGCCUACAACCCGGUGUGCGAAACAGAUUUCCGGUGUGUGGAGGAACCGAUAAUCAGAUUUCCAAGGGGAAGACUCCGUCUCUCAGGCAGAAUGAGCUGCUGUACCAGCGCGCCCAUCGUCACGCAGACUUGCGAGACUCUUCUCAGCAAAUGCGAGAUCCCGAUCAUCGACCUCGCUCAUAUGGGCACGGAGAGAUGCCCUCAGAAGGGAGUCGUGAAGCAGGUGGCCUCGAAACUGCUAAGGGCGCUGUCCGAGAAAGGAUUGGCCUUGCUCGUCAACCACGGCAUUCCGGAGUGCAAGAUGAAGGCAGCUUACAGAGCCCUGGACACGUUCUGCGAGUUGCCGGACGAAACGCGAGCGAAAUACGAGCGUGUUUCGCCGGAUAAUCACGGCUAUGUCAAGCCAGACGCGGAGAAAUUUUCGGACGAGAUGGAGCUGCGACACGCGUUCAACGUGACCGGAUGCGAGGGGAACCUACCGGAGGAGGUGCAGGGAUUCCGGCCGGCGUUGGACGAGUUGGCGCGCGAUUUUAAGCAGCUGUCAACCAUGCUACUUGCGGCUCUGUCUGUGGGCUUGGAGCAGUCCUACGAUUUCCUGCUGUCGAAGCACGCUCACAUACUCGGCCCUGGCAACGAGUCCACCCUGCGUCUCCUCUAUUAUCCACCACUGGGUACACCGGUACAAGGACUGACCCGAUGCGGCGCCCACUGCGACUAUGGCACUUUCACUUUGUUGGCGCAGGACUGCGAAGGUGGUCUCGAGAUACAGACUCUGCAUGGAGAACGAUGGGGUAGAGUGGGUCAUCUUCCGGGUGCCAUACUGGUGAACACCGGCGAGCUGUUGGCGCAUUGGACCAACGGACAGUUGCCAGCGCUGCGACAUCGCGUAGUCAUGCCGGAACAUUGUGGCCGUGGACGUCACUCCAUCGCGUUCUUCGUACAUCCAGAUGACGACGUUGCUAUCGAGCCGUUGGACAUCAAGAUUACCGCGGCCGGCGGCGACUGCCAGGAAACGACGACUCCGUGCCGCCUGCAGAAGAAGAAGCGUGGCGUUCUUUCUGCGUAUCAGCAUCUCCAGCGACGAUUUCGCGAGACUUACGCGUCCUAAUGUCGCGUCCGUGUGAUCCCGCAUACCCUUAACUAAUUUUACACGUUCGUUGAGUCGGGGAAAGCCGUUGAGUGUAGACGAAAUUUUAUGAGAAUUCGGAGAGAAAACGAUCUUACGGACAAUGAAAUUAAGAUUAUCACCGCUGAUUAGGUUUUAAAGUUUGACUUUACGUGCUUCUUAUCAUGUCGUUUCGUGCUGCGUAUCGCGUGAAAGGAAAAGAGAAGAAAAAAGAAAGAAAAAAAGUAUGUCGAAAGAAUUCCGUGCAGAAUUCCAUUCCAUUUGAUGUAAGCACGCAGAAAAAAGGCAAGAUCACUAUCGAUGUCUCUGACGGAUUGUAACGGAUUGUACUACAUUAUAUAGCUUGUCUGUCUCAAUUUCAUGAUUUCCGCUGACGGAUAUGAUCCGUCUCUAUGAAACGAAAUUACGAAACUGACCAAUGUAAAAAGAAGAUUGCAACUCUCGAGCAAUAAUAAAUGAAUUUGUACUUAAUUCGACGGCAUCUGCAUUGAGCAGAUGGCACAUAAGAAAAAAGAAAACAACUUGAGCAAUAAGCGAAUCGGCCGGUCAUACCCCCUCCCUCCCGGAAAAAAAAAACUAAUGAGAUUGUAAGACUGUUGUGUU